AACAUGAACAACAUUUGACAGGUUUUUGUGCAUCUAAAUAAACUUAAGUGAUCCACAGGUGGUGAAGCCAAAGAAAAAGAAGUUUCAAGUGGAGGACCGCUUGCAUCCAAGUGUUUUCAUUGUAGUUCUCGAUUCAACAUCGUCUUCAUCCGCUAAUCGCUCAAUGCGACGCACCAAUCAGGCAGUCCUCAAACACUACUACCAGUCGACCACAUUUCAAUAUCAUAACAAAGUUGGCCCAAAUAGCCGUUCAAAUGCUUUUGCUAUGUUUUCCGGUUCGUUAUCUUUCAUAACCUUUUGA